UCAGCAUCAACAAGGAAGGGAGGGCGUCCUGGGGACAACACAAGCCAGGGAGGGGUAUAAAAGCCCAGAGCCCCGGGCACCGCACACACACUCACUCACAUACUCACACUCACACUCGCACCCUCCUCCAGCCCCACCACCCCCACCAUGGCCGCCUCCACCCUGUCCGUCUGCUCCAGCGACCUGAGCUACGGCAGCCGGGUCUGCCAGCCCGGGUCCUGGGACUCCUGCCCCGGCUCCUCCUGGCAGGUGGACGACUGCCCAGAGAGCUGCUGUGAGCCCCCCUGCUGUGCCCCCAGCUGCUGCGCCCCGGCCCCUUGCCUGACCCUCCUCUGCACCCCAGCCAGCUGUGUGUGCAGCCCCCGCCAGUCAGCCUGCACCAGCUCCUGCACGCCCUCCUGCUGCCAGCAGUCUAGCUGCCAGCCCUCCUGCUGCACCUCCUCCCCCUGCCAGCAGUCCUGCUGUGUGCCCGUCUCCUGCACACCCGUCUGCUCUGGGGCCGCCCCCUGCCCAGCCCCCUCGUGCUGCCAGCCCACCCCCUGCCCCUCGUCCUGCUGCAGACCCUCCUCCUGCGUGUCCCUCACCUGCCGCCCCGUGUGCAGGCCCGCCUGCUGCGUGCCCGUCUCCUCAUGCUGUGCCCCCGCCUCCUUCCAGCCCACCUGCUGCCGCCCGGCCUCCUGUGUGUCCCUGCUCUGCCACCCAGUGUGCUCCCGCGCAGCCUGCUGCGGCCCCGCUUCUGCCGAGAACUCCACGUUCUCGGCCACUGAGACUCUGGGACUCACUCCUCCUCACCUGCAGCGUGACAGAGAACACCUGGAGGGAAGGAGAAGGCUCACUGAGCCUCCUGCUGGGGCAACACACACCCUGGAGGGGUAUAAAAGCCCACAGCCCCGGGCACCACACACACUCACACACUCACACACUCACACUCACACCCUCCUCCAGCCCCACCGCCCCACCAUGGCCGCCUCCACCCUGUCCGUCUGCUCCAGCGACCUGAGCUACGGCAGCCGGGUCUGCCAGCCCGGGUCCUGGGACUCCUGCCCCGGCUCCUCCUGGCAGGUGGACGACUGCCCAGAGAGCUGCUGCGAGCCCCCCUGCUGCGCCCCCAGCUGCUGCACCCCGGCCCCCUCCCUGACCCUCCUCUGCACCCCAGCCAGCUGUGUGUGCAGCCCCCGCCAGUCAGCCUGCACCAGCUCCUGCACGCCCUCCUGCUGCCAGCAGUCUAGCUGCCAGCCCUCCUGCUGCACCUCCUCCCCCUGCCAGCAGUCCUGCUCUGUGCCCGUCUGCUGCACACCCAUCUGCUCCACACCUGUCUCCUGCACACCUAUCUGCUGCACACCUGUCUGCUGCAAGACUGCAAGCUGUGUGCCCGUCUGCUCUGGGGCCUCUCCCUGCUCAGCCCCCUCAUGCUGCCAGCAGUCUAGCUGCCAGCCCUCCUGCUGCACCUCCUCCCCCUGCCAGCAGGACUGCUGUGUGCCUGUCUGCUGCACACCCGUCUGCUCUGGGGCUGCCCUCUGCCCAGCCCCCUCGUGCUGCCAGCCCACCCCCUGCCCCUCGUCCUGCUGCAGACCCUCCUCCCGCGUGUCCCUCAUCAGCCGCCCUGUGUGCAGACCCUCCUCCUGCGUGUCCCUCACCUGCCGCCCCGUAUGCAGGCCCGCCUGCUGCGUGCCCGUCUCCUCCUGCUGUGCCCCCGCCUCCUGCCAGCCCAGCUGCUGCCGCCCGGCCUCCUGCGUGUCCCUGCUCUGCCACCCCAUGUGCUCCUGCGCGGCCUGCUACAGCCCCGCCUCAGCCCACAAGUCCUGCUGCUGACUGGGCACAGCCCCCAAGUCCAGCCG